UCAAAAUGAAACUGAACACGACUCUGAAAAUUCCUUCAAUGUUAAAAAAACAUCAAAUGAAGCUGAGCAUAACUCCAUGAAUCCUAAUAACAACCAAAUUGUUUACGAAAAUAUACAAAUAUUAAGCACUCAUGACCAAGAUGUAAAUAAUCCGGAAAUUGAUAGUAUUAUUGUGGAUAAGAUAUCUGAUUUGAUAUUUUCCAAUUUAAAUCUUGAGGAAAUUUGGGAUAAAGUUAUGGAAAGAUUAAAGCAAGAAAAUUUGCGAGUGCAACCUAUCAAAUUGGAAGAAAGUUAUUGGGGCAGAAUACUAAAACCAUCAGAUUAUGCUCAAUUGUUUAAUGUAUCAAAGAGGAAAUUAUGUAAGAAUUUAAUUGACAAGGAAAGAUCACUAAAUGAUUUAAAAUUAUGGAAAGACAAAUUCUCAAUUUUAAAAUCUGAAGAUGCCCAAUUAACUGCUGGAGUUAUUGAAUUUUUACCUAUCAAAUUGGAAGAAAGUUAUUGGGGCAGAAUACUAAAACCAUCAGAUUAUGCUCAAUUGUUUAAUGUAUCAAAGAGGAAAUUAUGUAAGAAUUUAAUUGACAAGGAAAGAUCACUAAAUGAUUUAAAAUUAUGGAAAGACAAAUUCUCAAUUUUAAAAUCUGAAGAUGCCCAAUUAACUGCUGGACCAUCUCUGUUUAUGGAGGGAAGUAAACAUUCUUGUAAUGCAACAUUGGGAAAGAGAUUACAUUGUCAAGAUACUAAGCCCAAUUAUUGGAUUCAAAAACCAUCAGAUUAUGCUCAAUUGUUUAAUGUAUCAAAGAGGAAAUUAUGUAAGAAUUUAAUUGACAAGGAAAGAUCACUAAAUGAUUUAAAAUUAUGGAAAGACAAAUUCUCAAUUUUAAAAUCUGAAGAUGCCCAAUUAACUGCUGGAGUUAUUGAAUUUUUCCAUCUCUGUUUAUGGAGGGAAGUAAACAUUCUUGUAAUGCAACAUUGGGAAAGAGAUUACAUUGUCAAGAUACUAAGCCCAAUUAUUGGAUUCAUGUUUGAAGAACUUGAUAUUAGCACUUUUGAACUAAAUUGGUAA